AUGUCCUACCAGCAGGAACGCUACAUUGCCGAACUCGCGGUUCAGCGAGCAACCCUCCUAACACAGAAGGUUUUCCACGAGAAGGCCAAGGGCACCGUAUCCAAGGACGACAAGUCGCCCGUCACUAUCGGCGACUUCGGCGCCCAGGCCCUCAUCAUCCAAGCGAUCCGCAAGAACUUCCCCAACGAUGAGAUUGUCGCUGAAGAAGAGGCCAGUUCCCUCCGCGAGGACAAGGCGCUGAGCGCUGAGAUCUGGAGACUUGUUAAGGAUAUCAAGCUUGAGGAUAACGAGAGUAAUGAGCUCUUGGGUGGCUCCUUGCCAAGCGAAGAUGCGAUGCUGGACACCAUUGACCAAGGCAAGAGCGCCGGCGGUCCUAAGGGCCGUAUCUGGGCUCUGGACCCCAUUGACGGCACCAAGGGUUUCCUCCGCGGUGGUCAGUACGCCGUCUGUCUUGGGCUGAUGGAGGAUGGAGAUGUCAAGGUCGGGGCUAUCGGUUGCCCCAACCUGCCUGUCGAUGAUUCUGUCGCUAUGACUACCAGCAUUGGUGUUGAUCAGACCGAUGGCGCUGGAAAGGGAGUGCUCUUCUCGGCCAUCAAGGGUGAGGGGGCCAUUAGCCGACCUCUCUCGAACGGUGCUCUCGCCGAAAGCAAGCCGAUCUCGAUGCGUCCCGUGCCAGACAUCAAGCAAUCCGUUUUCUGCGAGGGAGUGGAGGCUGCCCACUCAGCGCAAGGUGACAACGCCGCCGUUGCUCAGCUCCUCGGUAUCACCUCCCCCAGUGUGCGUCUGGAUUCGCAGGCCAAGUACUGCUCGAUCGCCAGAGGUGCUGGUGACAUCUACCUGCGCCUCCCCGUCAAGAAAGACUACCAAGAGAAGAUUUGGGACCAUGCCGCCGGUGAUCUGAUUGUUCGCGAGGCCGGUGGGCAAGUGACAGACAUCUAUGGCCAACGGUUGGAUUUCAGCAAGGGCCGGACUCUGGCUGCCAACAAGGGCGUCGUCGCCGCUCCCAAGGCCAUUCAGGGUGAAGUCAUCAGUGCGGUCAAGACUGUCCUGAAGCUAUAA